UUCCUACUCCCAUGCUACGUGAUUCGUGCUGCAGUAUCUACUAGGAUCUACUAGUAUCUAAUUUGGGCAAAAGAAGAGAGGAAAAUGGCUGGGAUUGUAGGAAAGAGUGCAGGACCGAAAGUUGCUUCUGUUUUCGUUCGGGCCGUUCAUGGUCCUUCAGCGGGAGAGCAUUCAGGUGGGUCCAAAUUGUGGAGGAAUCUUUCAUUUUUUGUGGCCUUGCCAUCAGUGGGUCUCUGCAUGGUGAAUGCUUAUCUGAAGCACCAAGAAGAGGCCCAUCACGAACGACCAGAAUUUAUUCCAUACGAACAUCUCCGGCUGAGAAAUAAGAGAUUUCCUUGGGGAGAUGGCAACCAUUCCCUGUUCCACAACCCACAUACAAAUCCUUUGCCAGAUGGAUAUGAACACUAAGCAACAAAAAGGUUUUGUGCCAGUGCAGAAGUCAAAUGAUUUAGUGUUGUAUGUGAAAGCCUGUACUAGCAGUUAGCUUUGACAUAAUAAGCUUCUGCACUUCGUUAGUAUGUAUUUUCACUAUUCCAAUGGAUGUAUAAUGGUGCUGUAAAUAUGAAUAAACAAAAUAUAUAUUA